AUAAAUUUAUAAAAAUUCAGAAUAUAUAUAAAUUUAAUAAAACAGAUAAAUAAAUAGAAUAAUAAAAGUAAAAACAGAGAAGUUGAGUGUACGUCGUUGUCGAUGUCGAUGGUAAGACCAAUGGCUCUGAAAAACAGAGUUUCUGCGCGAUGCGCGUGGCGCGCUGCGUCGCAUAAUCUUGCGUAUCAGUGACCGUCAGUCAAUCGAGGCGGCAGUGGUGUGUUAAAAAACCCUGCAACACGCUCUCAUGUGUGUGGUGGAAGCGAGCAAAAGCACGAUUUUAGACGGAGAAAGAGAGACAUUAAAUAAAUAAUAGCGGACAUUCAUUUUUAAUAUUCUAGAUUCAAGUACUUUAUGCGGUGGUGGAAGAAAACGUUCCUCAAUAAUGUUUUACGUUUAUUUAUUGAAAAUUUUUACCGUUUUUAAUAAAACAUUAUGAUAAAGAUUUUUUUAUCAAUAAUCUGAAUCGUAUUGACACACGAAUAGUGAAGUAAGAUAUCUACUGUACUGGAUCAAGAGAACAAAUCAGGUAGUGAUAAACAAGCGACUGGAUUUAAAGAAAUACUCAUCUUGACUCGGAAAAGUACAUGUAGAAAUAGAAGAAGUUUUUGAGUACUGGGACUGGGGAGAGGUCGUGUUUGUGUCGCGCGUGUACAGUGGGGAAAAAAGAGGAAGGGAAUGAAAUGAGAAGACGUGGACAUCCUAGUCACGGUUGUGUUUAGACCUGCAUUGUUGCUGUACAACUUGUGUAUUUUACUACUGUGUGUGACAAGCUUCUCCGUAAGCUUGCGGUCUUGUGGACGCAACAAACAGACCGCAAGUGAAAGACCCGAGCAAGCUCCUAUCCGAGAAAAGAGAGAGAAACCAGAAAGCGAGCGAGAAACAACGGGUGAAGCUGUGGAAAUAAUACAUAUUUAAAUAGAAAGACGUGAUUAUUUGAGUCUGUCCUAGAUUUUCGACAGGUGGAUUCUGAUUUAUUAUUUACCAAUUAUUAUUAUUAUUAUUGUUUAUUUUUCGUUAGUUUCUUUUUUUAUUUUAUAAAGUUAUUAUAUUUUUAACAAUAAUUCGUAUUAUUUACAGUAAUUUUACAAGUGAUAAUCAAGUGUUUUGUGCAAGUAACUGUGAAGAUAUAGUCGUGAUUAAGUUUGUGUGUAGGUUGUGUACUUGUGCCGUGGCCCGGCCAUCAUGGCGAACCCACGGAAAUUCAGUGAAAAGAUUGCUCUCCUCAACCAGAAGCAGGCUGAGGAAACUGCUGCUUUUGAAGCUAUCAUGAGAGAAGUUUCGGAUGUUACUAGUCGAGUGGCGUCAGCAAGCAGUUCAGUAGGAGCAAGUCCUACUGGAAGUGGUGUACCAGAGACACCAUUGUCUGUGAAGAGUGCUGGUGCAAGUCCUCCUCAAUCAAGCGGCAGUAAGCACCUCCACAUAAACAUUGGGAGUCAAUACAGAGCUGGUGGUUCAUUGCCCAACGUUAACAACAACAUUGAAAAUCGAGAUACUACUAAAGAUCCUUCUCCAAACUCCGUCGCUAUUCACUCUAUCGACCUCAAGACUGCUUUAAAUAACUUGGAGGAGAUGCAACACAAUCCGAUGAUGUACCGCGGGACCGAACGUGGAAGAAGCGUGGGAGUUGGCCCCAUGAGGUCACGACCUAUGGAAAAGAGGUAUGACACGUCGCCGUACAGCGGUACAUACUUAUCACCACCACCUGACACCUGGCGAAGAACUAAUUCAGAUUCAGCGCUGCACCAGAGUGCCAAUGAAGCUUGCCAAUCGGCCUCCACGAUUCCUCAUCGACGAGGUAGCGAUACAUAUCAACAUGGAAUGGGUAAUACGACAAAUGACAAUAGAGAUGGCCAUCAUAAUUUUAUUGAGAGACCGAGAUCUUCCUGUGAGAUGCCAAGAGUACCAGGCAUCCAUAUAUAUCCUAGUUCGCAACCACCAGGACCUCAAACGCCUAUAGGUAACAAUACGGGAUCUCUACCAGAUCUGAGUAAUGUUCACUUUCCGUCGCCUCUUCACACGCCGUUGGACCAAGAAGAUCACUCGAGUAGUACACAAUAUAGUAAUAGUCCUCAAACGGGCAGUCCUACAACCCUGUCGCCAACCAGCUUGGUGCAAGCUGGAAGGCUAUCCUUUUCACAGGAUCACAGUCCACCAGGCGCCCAAAACCAUUUAUCAGUGCCUGUUAACUCUAGAUUUCUUCAUACAUGUAAGGGUGUGACGUUGGAAAAUAGUACAAGUACUUCGCAGCAGGAUUUACGCUCGUACGGACAACAAACGGCUCAGCAACCACCCUCAACAUCUCACAGUCCUGGUCACCACUAUAUUUAUCAGCAGCCACACAGUCCUGUGCCGCCGCAAAGUCCCAAUGGAUCUCAAACGCAUCAAUCGCAACAGCAACUAAAUUCCCUGGGAUCGUAUCGCACCAACCAACCAUUAAAUCGGCCGUCUCCUCAAUCGUCGCCUGGCAUAACCCUUCAGGGCAGUCCUUUGAGCUACAGCAAUAAUCCUUCAGCGCCACCGAGUCCUACAGGUCAUCCGGGAUCGACGGGUCUCACUUCUGAUAGUUUAGAUCAAAAUAGUUAUUUCCUCACUCAGGUGCAAGCUGCGGCGCUUCAACAGACUUUUGAGCAAUUCAACAUGGGGGUGGAUGUGGAUUGGGCUCAAGUGGUGCAGCAGCUCGUGGAGUCCGGUUGGACCACUCAGACGGAUUCGUCGUUGGAUCCAAACUCCAUUGGUUCGUACAUCGGCUCAUCAAAUGACACGUCUAGUUUUAUUCAUAAUGACAUGAUUAAUGUCGGUGGUGAGUUGGGUAGCAACGACACAAGCUACUACAGCACGAGUCCUCAGAUGGCGUAUCAACCAAGGACGCCUACGACGACGCAACAAUUGACACCUCAAACGCCAAAUACACCUACAAUUAUAUUGACCGAUUUUUCGGGCACUGAUGACUUAACGAAGGAUCUCGGUUCAUCGAUUUCAAGCGACUUUGAUCCAGACCUGUUUGCCUCGGACGAAGCUCUAAGACAAGGCUUAGGUCCGCUUGACCUAGAUGGGUUGCAGAUGCUCACUGAUCCUGACGCGGCGAUAUCUGACGCAACUGUCGAAGAUCACUUUAGAUUAGAUUGUCUCUAAAGAUGUAAGAUAGCGUUUUAAAAAUGAGAUUUUAUUGUAAUGAAAGGGUGAAAGAAAGAGUGAGAGAGAGUGGAAGAAAUAACUUAGAAUAUUAUAAUUGUUGAAACAGAGAUAAAGAGAAUGCCCAAUCGACUGCGGAUUAAGUGUUCGUCGUUCUUUAGGAUUAAUAUCUUCAUCCUGAUGUCUUAGAUAAUUAAGACAUGUUGACAUGCACGUUAAAAGAUGAUAAUAAUAACAAUAAUAGUAAAAAUAAAAAUCGGGACGAUGAUGCUGAAAAAUAUAAUAAUUCUUAAAGAAGUGAUGAAGGUGAAAUAAAUCUCAGACGUUACUCAAGUGUCGCGCCUCCAAUGGGCUGCUAUUUUAACAUCGGAAAAUCACCCUCAAAUAUUUAUUAUUAUUAUUCUUAUUAUUAUUUUAUUCUUAUUCUUCUUCUUCUUAUUAUUAUUAUCAUUAUUAUUGUCAUUAUUAACGACACAAUUUAUGUACACAGUUUUCGAAUUUAUUUAAUCUAUUUACACAUAUUCCUCUAUAAGUUUAUACUCUCCUUUGUGGAAAUACAGCUGCUUGUUGAUAGCUACAACAAGUGAUCCCAUGUCGACUGUAUCAUUCGUGAUAAAAAGAAAAUUAAUUUAAAAAAUAAAUAAAUAUAAUAAUAAAAUUAUACAUAAAUAAAAUAAAUAAUAACGCGUCGUCAUUUUUUGAAGACAAAAAAGGAAAUAAUAUAAAAAAUUUAUCAAUCUGUUUUUAUCUUUAUUUUUUACUACUUUGUAUAUUAUUGUAUCAUACAUAUAUAUGAUCUCUGAAAAGCACAAAAAACAGAAAACAAGGACAAACAAAAAUAAAUAAUAAUAUUGAAUAGAGUGAUGUUUGAUGAUUUGUAUACAUGCUUUCAUUUUUACGCGGAUAUAUUAAAUGUAUAUCUCAGUGAUUAAACCCUAUAUCGUGUAAUAGAGUAGGUACGUAGAGAUUUCACGUAAUGACUCGUCUAGGGACUUGUUAUAAUGUAUAAUAACAAUAAUAAAAAAUAUAUAAUAAUAAUAGAAUAAUAUAUGUUAUCGGAACUGAUGUUAGAAAGACAAAGAUAAGAAGAUCGUUAUUCAACGACAAAUCAACAACAUCGUUUUAAUAGUCAAUAACUUAAAAAAUUGUAUUAAAAUUAAUUGUUUUUCUGUUUCUAUUCUAUUAUAUUUCGUUACUAUUAUUGUUAUUAUUAUUAUUAUGAUAAUUAUUAUUGAAUAUUAACAUAAAUAAUUAAUAUCUCUUUAAAAUAUACAAUUGAAUGGAUACGAUUAGAAUCGAAAACACCUUCAUUACACUGUGAUAUACUUCUUGUUAUUGUCUGCAUAUCAUUUUAAACCGUUAAACGCUUUCGCGUUUUAAUAAGAAAAAAAAAAUAAUAUUGAAGCGUAUAUUUAAAUAAAUUAUGUAAUUAAAAGGCUAAAAUUAUGUGUCAAUUGGUAAUCAAUUAAUGAUAUUUGUUAAAAAAAAUAUUUAUAAAUUUUAUAUGAGAUUCGCGCAAAUUAUAACAUAUAUAUAUAUGUUUUGUAAAUUUUAAUAGGUAUUACAUUUGUAUUGUAUUGUUUAUUCACAGCAGAUUAAUUAUUUAAAAGAGAGCUUAUGAUAUUGAGAUUUGAUUACAUAGAAGAAUGUACUUAUUGAUAUGAUGUCGUUAAAAAUAUUAAAUCUCAUACGUUUAUUCUAUCGAAAAGUCUUAUUGGUAAUUAAUGAUAUAGAAAAUUAUAAUAAACUAAGCGAUUAAAAUUAUAUAAAGUAAAUAAAAAUAAAAAAUAGUCAAAGUAUAAAUAAAACUAGAUAACAAAUUUAAUACAAAAACAAAUAAAUAAACUAAAGGCACGUAGAUGCUCUCGCCUGUACCCUCCGUAAUUGUCAAUUGUUUUUUGAAAGUAAUACGCUGUACUUUAUAUACAUAACUAGUUAAUCAAAAAAGCUAAGCUAAAUUCUUUUUAAAAAAUUUAAAAUUAUAUGAUUAAUGAUAAAUAUUAACAGAAUAAUAAUCAGUAUAUAAUAAAUUUUAAAAUAUGUCUCUUAUUAACAACAUAUAAAUUGGAUAUAAAUAAUGAUAUGAAAGAAUAAUGUAUGAAGAUUUUGAUCGGUGAGAUAAAAAAAAAUAUCAAUUUACAAAUAUUACUUAAAAAGUAAUUUUUUUUUUCGUUUUUUUUUUUUAGUCAUUACAACAGAUAAAAUAUUAAAUGAGAGCAUCUGUAGUUGCCCAAUGUAGUAACUGCAAAUUACAUUCAUUCAAUAGUUCUUAUCUUACUAAUAAAAAAUAAAAAAAAACAAUUCCGUCGAAUUAUAAUAUUAUCAACAAUGAAACAUUGAUAAAUAUUUCGUUAACUUUAUAACUAGUUUAACUGAAGACAGUGUUCGUACUUAAACUAAUAAAUUAAAUAGUAGCUUAUCUGUACGAGAUUUUUUUUUUACUACGAGGUAUCUU